CGGGCUGCCUUACUGCGAUGCACAGUAGUUCUGCAUACAGGCGUUUCAUCAUGGUCGUGCCCUUGCAUGCCAUAGUUCGCGGCAAAAAACGAGAAGGGCUACAACAUUUUGGCGGCAUUCUCCAGCUUGGCAAGAACGCAGUGUGUGAAGCCUCAACACCAUGACGGAAGUAGACGGGGUAUUGUAUCAGCUGACCGAGACUCAGGUCAAUACAUUCAGAACGGCCUUCGCCAUGUUCGACAAGGAUCAGGACGGGAAGAUCAGUUUCUCAGAUUUCGGGAAAAUUUUCCGGUCCGUAGGUCAGAACCCUUCAGAGGAAACAAUCCGCCAGUUAAUUCAAAUGUAUGACGAGCAGAAGGGAGAAGGGCAGUUCAGCUUCACGGAGUUUCUGAGGAUUUGUGAAUCUCCUCACUUUCAAGAUCCGAUGAAAGAGGAAAAAGUUCUCGAGUCUUUCAGAGAAUUCGACAAAGACGCAACGGGCACAAUCACAUUACUGGAGCUCCGGUACAUUCUACAGCAGCUAGGAGAACGUCUGUCCGACGAUGAAGCAGAUGAGUUCAUCGAAUGGGCUCAGAAGGCCCAAGACGUUUUGGUUGAGGAUGGUGUACUCAACUACGAGCAGCUCACGAAGGAACUGUCGGACAAAGACCCCAAUAUCCUUUCGUAA